GUACAGUGAGCAAAUGUGGGGGGUGCCUUUGGAACAAUUAUUCCCACUACUUGCACGUUGCUCAUAUGGACUAUGUGAGUGUUUCAGGUUAGACAUUGCCAGGUUGCUAAUUUCUCCCAGAAGUGUAAGUUUGUUUUAAAGUAUGAACUUAGAUUACACAAUUUAGGGUGUUGUAAGAUAAGGACAGUUCAACCUUCAGUUGUUGUAGUAAAUCCUAGUGCAAGGGCAGAUGUGUUCCAAAAGUUUUUACCAUGGCAGUGUGGCCAAAGGGAAAUAAUAAUCUGAUAAAGGAGUUGAAAGUCAAAAUCCUUGUGAUUUAUCAGUUGCAGCAGUUUAGGUAGUGGCUUAUUGAUAUGUCAGGGUUGAUUCCAAAAGGCCAUUCUGCUGAACAGCAAUUCAGUGGGUCAGCCAGUACAUAAUUCUAUGCCUUGUUCAGUUAUGUAGAGAGAAAUUUCUGAUGCUUGAAGAGCUCUUGGCUAUGAGCACAAGUGGGGAAGAGCAGGGGUAAUGGUGUGCACUAGCAAACCACUGUAGCUUACUCAGCUCUAUGAAGAGAGUUUAGGGCUUUUAGGUGAUUUAUUGCAGUAUGGUUGCACUGUGAUGGUGUAAGGAUGUAAGUGAAAGAAGACUUGCAAGGGCAGGAUAAUAUAUCAGGAUAAUAUAUUGGUUAAAUAGAAGAUCUACGUGCAAAACAGAACAAGAUUUUGUGUACACCCAGUGGUCUGCAGGCUUGACAUUCAUAUCUCUGCAGGUUGUAACAACAGUCCUGGAUGUUUUAGCCUGCUGCACCACAAAUCUUAGUGGGGUGGCAGAAGUUUGGUUGGCACUAACUUGGUGGAAACCUUUUUAUCUUAGUGCACAGUGGGCAGAAGGGACUUUAGAGAUCACUCACUGCUUCAGUUUUGUAGAGAGUGCUUUGUGUAUCUGCUUUGCUUAUAUGAGACACUGGAGGUGUGUCUGUGUACAUACACAGCUGUGUGCAGAGAUUAAUCCUGAGAGAUUCAGCCUUGCCUGACAAACUUACAGUUAACUCAGAGUUAAUUCUGAGUGCAUUUGGCUGCAGUUCCCUAAGAGGAGUGAUUCUGUGCUCAGUCUGUGCUGUAUCUGCUGCUGCCAGAGAUUCCUGGUUAUUUUAUGUUCAUUUUAAUUGCACUUGCUUUUUCUCCAGUACAUGUGUGUGUUUUUUCUUUGUCAUUCUCAAUAAAGUGUAGUCACUCUCUUUUAUGAAACAGUUUCUGUGCUUGUCUUCCCUUGUACAUUCCCAUGCUGAAAGCAAACAGGCAUUUUUCAAGUAAUAACAGUAUAGUUUAUAACCUGUGAAAACCAUCUUACAAACUUUUUUGUUGUGUUUCUUCAGUGGAAGCUUUUAUGUGGCACUCUUGCAGUUGUCUUUGUAUAUGUAUCUUUUUUUUUUCUCCCUUUGAUUUAGUCUAUAUUUAUGUUAAAAUAGUGUCUACAAAAUAAAGAAAAAUACAGCAUAUGGACAGCAAUGAAAUACACUAAGCUUUACUUGUAACUAGGUGCUGAACCUUUAUGGAAGAAACUGGCACAGAUGGUGGUUUGCCAACUUCUGUUUCUUUUUCCUUGAAUUUAGGCCUGAAAAGUCCUUGAUAACCAGUGGAAGCCUCUCUGUAAACUUUUUGUACAAUUAACCAUGUGAGGAGCAAAAAAACUAGUGUGACUAUUCUGUUUGUACUAGAUGUAGGUAUACUGAUAUAUGGAGCUCAGGUAUCUGAACUUAACUCCUUUAAUCAAAACCCAGCAUUAUACUGUUUAGAUUUCCUGAAAAUUUUCUCUGGUAAGCUAAAGGUUGUCAAUAUUUUCAGUGUAGUUGGUGCUGAAAUUGGGAGAUUACCUCAAGAGCUGAUGAGAGUCUGAAAGAUACUUAGUUUCUUAUUGUUAAAUAAAGUAGGUGUAGCAGCUGCCUGGUGAUUGCUGGCUAGAAAAAGGUCAGUUGGGAUCAGCUGUCCUGGCUGGGUCUCCUCCCGUUUCCUUGCUGACCCUCAGCCUCCUCACAAAAGGCCUUGGCUCUGGGUAAGCCUUGCUCAGUGAUAACCCCUGAAUUACUGCUGUAAUACCUCUUAAAUGGGACCCUCCUGCUAAUCUGUAGGGGAGAUUUGUUAAAUUAAGAAUUAGAUCCAAAUGAUUAGUCUCUAGUUGUGUCCUUGGGGACAAACAAUCAUGUGAUGCUGUUGUCUUGGCAGUGCUUAUAAAGAAAACCCAAGAGUACAUACCAUUUGAAGAGACAACUUUCUAACUGUGGGGAUCAGUUGGGUGUGUGUAAUUUAUGGUUUUUUAAAACAUGUUAUUUAAGCAAAGGAUGUUCCCUGUUAGCCACAUGUGAUUCUUGAUGACUGUUUGCUUAUUAUUAGCACUUCAAAAACUUCCAUCCAAUUCCCCAGGAUGCACAAUGUAAAACAAGUGUCAUCUAAAUUGUCCCAUAUUGAUAAUUACCUAGAAAAAGACGUGGUGAUGAAAAGAAGUUCAAGAGAGAAAAAGGAAAGCUAAGCACAAGAGGAGAGAAGAGAGGCAGAUAGAUGGAGAUGAGGAACACCCCCCAAAGCAGCAGAAGGAACCAGCUGAAGAACAGCACUGGCCAGAGAAUAUGCCUGAAUGGGAAGAAAGGAAAUCCCUGCUAGCUCAGAGAAGAGUGGAGUCUGUCAGACUGCUUACAGUGCUGUUAAAUCGUGUGAAAUUGGCAAGUCAAAAAGUGGAUCCUUCACUGGGUGUAAAGAAGGACAAUUCAUUUUCUGAAGCAGCAUUUAAAGACAUACAGCAGGAGCUGAUUCACUCCCUUUAUCGUACGCACAAAGAGCUGAAACAUAAGGAGUUUAAGUGCCCAUUAACCCAAAAAGGUAGUGCUAUAUGCUGUGAGGAAGGAGAUGUGAGUACUUUCCAUGCACCUGCUUGUCACAUAGUGAGGACAAUUUUAAAUGAUGCCUCUGCAGCCCCGAGCUCUGAUGGACUGCCUGGCAGAGAUGUGUGCAACUCCCUGCUGAUCACGGUCACCCAGCACGGCAGGGUCAUCCAGCCUCGCCCUGCAAGGCACCGCCCUGCACUGGACGUAGGUCACACCCACACAGUGUCUGAGCAAGAUGAUUGCAGAAAGCAAAAGGUUUAUGAGACUGAUGAAUUCAUCCAUUAUUUACUGAACUACUAUCAGACACCACACUAUGCACGUGUUUGCUUAGAGCCAAAAACCACUGUGAACAAAUCCCGGUGGAAGCGAGUGGUGUCUGAUGAUGGUGGUGGGUUUGACAGCAGCUUGAGUAACAAACAUGGUCAGCACUUCAGAGAAUUGAGUCCUGUACAAAACCUCCACAAGAGAAAUUGUAGCAGUGAUAGUCAUUACAGGCUGGUGAUCACUCUUGGAGAAUUUGAGUCAACAGACAAAGUGUUAGAAAGCAAGGUCCAUGGGGGCAAGCUUGCAAAAAAGCUGCAGGUGCAGAGGAAUGACUCACUCACUGUUGAUACUGUACCACAUGCUGGACUGAAUCAUUCUUUGGAGUGCACUACUGUUACUCAUAAUGAGGAAUUCAAACAAGAAGAUGGUAAAGAUGAAGGCACUGUACCAUAUGGAACACGUAGAUCUGCUUGCAGAUUAAAGGAUUUGCUGGAAGAGAUCAGUGAUUCUGAGUGCUUUAGAGAGGCAUGUGGCGGCUCAGUGAAGAGAGCAGAAAGAAGAGACGGACAGUUGCAUGCAGCUGGAGUCGCUCAGAAAGAUACAGAGAAAAUGUAAGAAAAUGUUGCACAAAAAAGUGAAAUUCAAGACACAUCACACCUCUAUGGCUGCACCAGAUGUUUCCCCUCAUGAUGGCUCACCCCUUCAGGAAACCCUCCAGAGGAGAGGAGAUGAGAGGAAAUUAAUGUUGAGAAGAGAGAUGGAUGCAGAUGUCAGAGGAUGCCCUCUAUUUCCUCUUGAGAUAAUUCAGACAAACCCCUUCUCAGAUACUUUCUGUGGAGGAGAGCCCAGAAGAGGAUGUUGAACAGCUACUGUAUUAUAGCUCUGAAGUUUUUAUAAACAAGUGGGAGAAGAAAGCCCUUUGAUCAUUAAAUGGAAUAUGAACUACUGGGUUGGUUUUUGAUUUUUUUUUUCUUACAUCAUUCCUUUGGUUAGAAUAUCUAACUGGUGAAGUGAGCCACAGAAGCAGAAUUUGUGUUUGCCUUUUGGAUAACUUCUGGACCAAAACUUUCCCCAGAGCCAGAACAAACUUUCAUGGACUAGUGGCUAAAGAACUUGAAAGGACACAGACUGAGAUCUUGGAGCAUUACACUUUGAUGGAAUGCAGAGAAUCAUGUAAAUUACAGUAUUUAUUAAUAAUGAGUCAUUGGGAAAAAACCUAAUUGUCAAUCCUAGAGCAAGCAUAUGAAGUGCCUCCUCUAUCAGAUUGUUAUAUUGGUGGGACUGGAAGGUGUGGGGGACAUUUAUACUCAAUUUUGAGAAGUAAUAGAUUUCCAAAUGUGAAAAAGGUCCCAUCUUCUCUAAAACCCACACUAGAAGAAUCCUUGUUUUCUAUUCACAAUUCUAGAGGUGUUUCUGAAAACUUGCUGCCUUUUGGGAGGAUUUCACUGAACUUAUGCUGUGUAGUGCUCCCAGGAAUCUGAAUGGCUGUCUAAGCAAAGCUCUGGGUGUUAGAUAAUGAAAUGGCAGUGCAUCUCAGCCUGCUGACAGUCCCCAUGUAAAUGCAGUUGACAGUUCACAAGAUUUUGAAGGCACAUAUAGUGAGGUAGCUGUUUAGUAUGAGUUUGCCUACAAAUGCUUUCCAGGGGAAUUGUGAAAUGUUGUCAGAGUUGUGCUGCAUGUAGAUAAAAAUGGGAAAAUGCAGUCUAGGAGCUUGAACUAUAUCCAUAUUUAUUCAUCUGGCUAUAUCUAGAAGACAGCCACAAUUGCUUUUGGACAAAGUCCCUUAGCAAGGUACAGAGUUUGAAGUUCAAUACACUGAUUAUUACAGCUUUCAUUUUAUUAUGAUUUAUUUAUUACAUGUCAGUAGACGAAGUUCAUGUGAAAAUGUUGCCUUCAUUACGUAAGAUCUUACCCAUGUUUGUAAAUUCUGCUCUAAUAAAUAGUAAUAAAAAUGAAUAAUUGUAAUUGUUUGUGGUAGAUAGGUUUUCCCCCAGUCUUCAAUACUGGUGAUUCCUACAGGCUUCUAAGCCAGGUUUUAUCAGUCUUUCUGUUCAUAUGUUCAGAUGUUGAGUGCCUUUUCAGGGUCAUGAAUGACAAAUGGUUGCUACUCAAAGUACUGUUAAUCUAUUCCUUUUAUCUAAAAGAAUGUUAUUUUCUUGACAGAAAUAUUUUCUGACUAUUUUGGAGAACCUUUAUGCCCCUCUUAAGUCCCCCCUUUAGUGUUUUAUACAGUUAUAAUGAAGAGGGACUAUUGUAACAUGUUACAUGUGACCAUGUAAAAUGUUUUCAGUUGCACUGAUGUGACAUACCAAGGGUGUUUUUUCUCUAUGCAAUAUUUGCAGAUUAAAGAUAACAAAACUUCCCCCCUGUCAAUCUAUAGACAGUUUUGUGUCCAUGAGUACCCAUUUCCCAUAAGACAGGCUUUUGGUGACAGGUGAGGAAGUAUUUCUUUUUGUUAAUCUAGGGGAGAAGGAACUAAAGAUUUCCUUCAGUGUAAAUUUCUAGUGUUUUAUUAACAUGCUGUCACAAUAACCAAUAACAAAUAAAUACUCAAUUCCUGUAAUUGCUUCAGGGAUUCACCUGUACUGACUGAAACUGACAGAGGAUUUGCUUUGUCUGCCACGUCCUCACUCCAUGUAAAGCAUUGUUAGUUAAUAAAAUAUGCAUGCACUUUAAAAUGUGAGACAUCAUUGGAAUCUUCAUACCCAAAGAGAACUUCUGUGUUUCUUAUUUGACAUUUUUUAGAACCUGAUUUCAGGUGUUUAAAUAAUAAUUUCACUUUUCACAAAAUCAUAGAAUGGUUUGGAUCAGGACCUUAAAAACCAUCUUGUUCCAACCCCCAUGCCAAGGGCACGGGCACCUUCCACCUGCUCCGAGCAGGGUCCAGCCUGGUCUUGAACACUUCCAGGGCUGGGGCACCCAGUUUCUUCUGGCAGCCUCUGCCACAGCCUCACCACACUCACAGGGAAGAAUUUCUUUUUCCUGUCAGCACAUUCAAUAUGAGCCCCACUUCUUCAUACCCUGGCCUGCUUAAUAUGAUUUUAUUAUCCUGAAGGCUAAUCUUUAAAGAUAUAUGUAACAGCUUGCUUUAAAACUUUUAAAAUGCAUGGCUCUGUAGAUUGGAUUUUAGUUGUUAUAAAUGUCACAUCCCACAUAUGAAAGUUACAGAAUGUUUUGGUAAUUAAAACAUUUAUUAGAUGAAAAUAUGCAUUAAAAGCAGCAUUUAUAUAGUUCAGCAAUGGAAAUAUAGAACAUUUCUGGUAUACUUUCACACCUUUCAAUUUGAACCUGAUGUGUGCUGUUGUGCCCAGUUGCUGUUUCAAGAGGCUGGGUGCUUUUUAUGGAAACACUGUUUACUCUGACAUGUAUGAAGUUGGCCCUGAGACUACAGCUCUUGCUAUCAAAUCUAAUUUUCUGUACAGAACUAGUGAAAAUGCCUCCUCAUAGAGCUGGUAUGGAGAGAAGUGGGCUGAACAAUGCUUUGUUACUGAAAGUUUGUGACCUGUGGGUUGUACCUUGUGCUGAAUGCUGAAGCCAAAAUCCUACAGGCUGGUUUGAAAGCAGAAUUACACAAGGCCCAUUAUUAAAUCAGUCCAUCUGCUUGAAAUACAAUACAGCAAUUAUGAUAUAAAGCCUUUUCUUCUUAAUCCAGGGAUUCCAGGCAAUGCAUAGAAAUGCCUCACUUUUCAUAAAGCCCCUUACGUAAUUUUCAACAGAAGCAUUCAAUACUGAACUUUUUUUUUGUUUAACUGAAACAGCAGGAAGUAAGAGCUAAUAAAGGUGAGUACAGGCAGGUGAAACCCUGAUGAGAGAAUAUCUGAAUUUUACAAAGCAGUUAAGAGUAUGGUUGAAAAUAAGAUACGACUCAAUUGUUUUGAUUUGUCCUGGCAAAGAUCUUUGUGACAGGUGUUGGACACGUCAGAGGAGGGAGAUUAGUGACAUUGUCUGCCUUGAAUUGGUCAUCCUGUCCUGCCUGGUUAAUGUACAGCCUGAUGAGCUGCCUGGCAUGGCUCUUUUUGCAUAGUCAUUGCUGCCAGUCACUGUUGAAGGAAGGGUUCAAAUUGUAAUGAACAGACUAAAAAAAGAAGUUAAAACCCAUCCAUUUUCUUCAGCACUUUGGAAAGAAGUAAAACCCGUGCCUGCUGCUUUAUGAGCAGCUUUUGUGACACACUUCUCCUUUGACAAGGAGUUCUCUGCUUUCCUUGAAAAAGUAACAAUCUUACCAAAGUGUCAUGCCUCCUCCCCAAGAAGUAUUAACAAUGAGCUUUUCUUGUGUUACUGCAUGUUUUCUGCAUCGUUUUUGUUGCUAUUUCUCUUUGUGAUGCAUACCGUUCUGAUGUACAGAUUAAUCCUUAAAAUAGUUUUUAGUUCCUCAGAAGAUGUUACAGAGUAACUUUAGAGUCAGGUGGUUGGGUCCACUUAAGGGUAGGUUACAGCCUUCCAAAGCUCCAGCUUUUGCUCAGUAUUAACAAUUACUUGGGGUUUUUUUCUGCAAUAGAGCGUGUUCGCUAUUUAAUAUUCUGUCAAAAUUUUACUAGCAAACUGCAUUUACAAGCAUUCCAUUAGAACAUAUUUUACUCAAUCUAUGGAUUGGAUAACAAGACAGAUCAGAGAAAGAUAA